AUGUUAAAAGCUGAGAUUCCGUGUGUUGUUUGUGGAGAUCGAGCCUCAGGUAGACAUUACGGAGUUCUCUCUUGUGAUGGGUGUCGAGGUUUCUUCAAAAGAUCGAUUCGCCGAAAUCUUGUCUACGCGUGCAAAGAGGGCGGCAAUUGCAUUGUCGACGUUGUGAGAAGGAAUCAGUGUCAGUCCUGUCGUUUCGUUAAAUGUCUGGAAAUGAAGAUGAAUCGUCAUGCUGUCCAAAACGAGAGAACAUUGUGCCCGAUGAAACCACGGAAAAGUCAGGAUUUCGGAAUUGAUGAUGUCCCGUACUCGAUGGUCACCGUGGCAAGGGAUUUCUCAAAGGAAAACCUCGAAAAGGAGACUGGUUUCUCCAUUCACCGCCUUCUUUCCGUUGCAGGGAAAGGUGUGCCCAUUCCGCAAUCACUUUCCCUUCUCACUUCAAUCAUUCGAUGGUGUGCUGUUGUGCCACCAAUCUCUCAAUUGAAUCCACAAGAUAAACGAGUUCUCUUCUCAAACUCAUGGCACUCUCUUUUUCUCAUUCAUGUUAUACAAAAAUAUGGAACAAGUAAAUUAUCAGAUUUGCCCUCAAAUGAGCGAAUUCGUUUAGUGGCAAAAGCGAUCGAUGAAGUGAGUUUGACUCCAUUAGAGCAAUGGACUCUCGUCACGAUUAUCAUGUUCAGAGCUGAAGAUGGACGUUUCGAAGAUCCGAUUUUGAUUCGAAGUAUUCAAACUCAGGCAAGCCUGGUACUCUUAGAAACCUCAAAGUCGGAUCUAACAAGACAAGCUCGUCUCGUAGCUCUAAUAGCUGUCAUAACAGCUGUCACAGCUGAUGACGUUCGUCGCACUUUUCUCACCUCACAUUCACUCAUCGAAUUAGAGCAACUUUGUCGUUCAGCUUUA